GUUCUCUCGCCGCGCCAUCGCCAGAGAGUUUUCCACCGUGUCAUCUCCGCCCCGAUUCCGUCAAGCACCAGGUUGCCGUGAAAAUGACUGAAUUCAAGAAGCUAGUUCGACCCACCAUCCCCAUGUGCAGACUCACGCUCUCACCCUCUCACUCACGAUUCACGCUCACAAGUCACCACGCCCUCACCCUCUCGCACGGCGCACGCCGCGCACCACCACCACCACCACCACCACGCCACACCGUCCACCGACCACCAGUCCAGCAGAGGCUCUGAGGCUCUACCCUAGGUCAAACUCUGAUCCUUUCUCUAAUCAAUAUAUUUGUGGUCAAUAUUGAGCUCUGGAAAAGUAAUUGCCAAUAACCCAAAUAUUUUUACAAUCCUCACUUUUCAUUUUACUGGAAAUUGCUAUUGUCCCUCAAUGUUAUUCAACUUUGAGAGAUCCAAAACACUCAGAGAGCUGCUCAGACCUUAUGAAAAUUCAAUCUUCUCCUUUAAAUUCAAGAUCCCUGGUCUUCCUUUCUCACACAUCCAGCGGCAUAGUUACGUGAAUGUGUACAUGAAGUGGAAAAAAGAUUCAUACUAUGACUCAAUUGAGCACAUCCACCAAUCCAUUCAGCUCAAGCCUGUUAUUGCCCUGAAAAACUGCAUUACCCAGGAUCCCAACGGGUGCAUCCCUAUCUCUGCGGUGUCAAAGAAGGGAUUACAGUUAGAUGUGCCCAUGAAGGUUGCGAGAUUUUUGAGGCAAUAUCCAUCCAUUUUUGAGGAGUUUACAGGUCCUCAGUAUAAUCAUCCUUGGUUCAGGUUGACAGCAGAAGCUGCUGAGAUCGACAGGGAUGAGAAGAGAGUAUAUGAAGAAUGCAGGGAGGACUUAAGGUCCAGGUUGAGGAAGAUGAUAUUGAUGACCAAAGAGAAUGUUCUACCUUUGAAGAUAAUUCAAGGGAUGUUGUGGUAUUUGGGGUUGCCUAAUGAUUAUUUGCAGUACCCUGAGCAAAAUUUUGAUGAAUCUUUCAGGUUUGUUGAGAUGGAAGAUGGAUUGAAGGGGUUGGUGGUUGAAAGCAGAGAAAAAGUUUGUUCUGUAAUGGAGAAGAAUGCCAUGAAAAGAGGUUUGUACAGUGGGGGGGCAAUGGAGGCCAUUGAAUUUCCCUUUUUUCCAUCAAAUGGUUUAAGGUUGAGGAGGAAGAUUGAAAAUUGGCUACAUGAGUUCCAAAAGCUUCCUUACAUAUCACCUUACGAUGAUUUCUCAAACUUGGAUCCAGACAGUGACAUAGCAGAGAAAAGACUCGUGGGGUUUCUUCAUGAAUUGCUUGCCCUUUUUGUUGAGCAUUCGGCGGAAAGGAGGAAGCUCUUUUGCCUCAAGAAGCAUUUCGGGUUGCCACAGAAAGUGCACAAGGCUUUUGAGCGGCAUCCCCACAUGUUCUACCUAUCUUUCAGAAACAAGACUUGUUCAGUCAUUCUUAAGGAAGCUUACUGCGAUGAAUCAGCUAUUGAGAAUCAUCCUAUAUUGAGGGUGAGGAAGAAGUACAUCAAGUUGAUGAAGGAGUCAAAAGUGAUUUUAAGGAACAGGAGGGUGAAUGGUCGAUUUUCUAACUGUAGUGAAAAACUAGAUUUAGAUUCAAAUGAUCUGGAUGAAAGGGAACUUCACAUGGCAGAUUGUUCUUCGGAACAGGCUGCAUGAAAAUUUGUAAAAAAGAUUAGAGUUGCUUUAUCAGAAGCUAGAAUGUGCUCUAUGUAUAUAUCAGUUUAAGGAACAAGUUUGAUUAAGUGUGUCGAAUUCUUUA